UCCCCCAGAAGAUUAAGGAAUCCAUAACGCGUGUACUUUAUGUUUCUAUAUAUUAAACGGAUCAAUCAAUCAGGUCUUAGGGUUCUUCUUCUUCUUCUUCAUCAUCAUCAUCCUCCUGUUCCCAAAUCCCAAAUCCCAAAACCAGAUUGAAUUUGAAAUUGAUUCCAAGCGAAAUUAGUGGCGCCAGUUUUGAAUUUCAAAAACCAUUGGAUUGGGCACCCACUGUUCCUCGACCCUAGUUUUGAAAUCAUCCAUAUCCCAAAAACCAGCGGACAUUACCCACUCACCCAAUAUAAAAUACCCUUUACGCAAACCCUAAAUCGAGAAAAGCAACUCUGCGGUUAGUUUUGAAUCUUGGCAAUGGCGGCGAGAAAGAAAACCAAAGGCAGAGGCCGGCCGAGGCAAGAAGAGAACGGCGCUGGUCUGGAGGAGAUGAAGGCCGAGGGUAUUUUGGGAAUUCAGAACGAGGGAGUUAAUGGGGAAGUAAAAGAAGAAGCUGUGGAGCCGAAGCCAGAGUCGGCUCCUUUGGUGGAGGGCAGAGGCAGGAAGCGGCGGAGGAAGAAACAAGAAGAAGGCGGUGGUGGUGAGGGUGUUUUGGGAAAUCAAAAUCAAAACGAGGAAGAGGUUGCUGAAUAUGGUGUGGAGGUAAAGAGGCGUUGUCCACAGAGGGCGGCAAGGGCUGUAAAGGCGGUGGUGGAGGAGGAGGAGGAGGAGGAGGAGCCGGAGAUUCGGAAGAUGAAGAAGAGAAAAGCAGCGGCGGCGGCGGUGGAGGAUGAAGAUGAGGCAGUGAAGGACGUUUCAACAAUGUGCCAUCAGUGUCAGAGGAAUGAUAAAGGGAGAGUGGUUCGGUGCACGAGUUGUCCGAAAAGGGGUAAGGGAAUGAGGAAGAGGUAUUGUAUCCCUUGCAUACAGAGGUGGUAUCCCAACACGUCAGAGGAAGCCAUUGCUGAGGCUUGUCCUGUGUGCCGCGGCAACUGCAACUGCAAAGCCUGCCUUAGACUGGAUGUGCCUAAUAGGUGUUUGAAGAAUCUAGACCCGAAAAUCGACGAGGAGACCAAGCUGGAGCACUGUAAGUAUUUGGUUCAUCAGCUGCUUCCGUAUUUGAAGAGGAUUAGGGAUGAGCAGGUGAGUGAGAUGGUGGUGGAAGCCAAGAGGCAGGGAUUAGGUGAUGUUUCGGAGCUCAAGGUGGAGAAGGCUAAUUGCGCUGACGAUGAGCGUAUGUACUGCAAUAACUGCAGCACUUCGAUUUUUGAUUUUCAUAGGAGUUGUCCUGAGUGUGAGUAUGAUCUGUGCCUCAUUUGCUGCCGGGAGAUUCGAGAUGGCAAGUGGAAGAAGAGAGGUAUGGAGGAGGAAGAGAGUCAGAAGUAUGUUGAUUUGGGGCGUGAGUAUUUGCAUGGAAAGGGAGAGUUGAAGAGCUUGCUAAAAAAAAAGAUAGAAAAGGAGUUGAAGAGCUUGCUAAAGAAGAAAAGAGAAGAAGAGUUGAAGGAGAAUGUUGAUGUGGGAGUGAAGCUGGACUCGUCAGAAUCUGCUCAAGAGUCCACGAUAGCAAGUGAAGAUGGAAAUAUUCAAGAUGGGAAGCAGAAAAAGAGAGGCAGAGAGGAUGAAGUAAGUGAGGAAUUUGUUAAUGCGGGGAAGUGUUUGGAUGGAGAGGGAGAGCUGAAGAGGAAUGAUGAUGUGGGAGUGAAGCAGGACGAGUCCGAAUCUGCUGAAGAGUCCACAUUUGAGUGGAGAGCAAGUGAAGAUGGAAGCAUUCUCUGCCCCCCAACACACAUGAAAGGUUGUGGUAAGCAUAAUUUAGAAUUGAGGUGCAAUUUUUCUCAGAAUCAUGUCAUAGACUUGGUAGAGAAAGCAGGAAAAAUAGAUGAAAGUUACAAUCCUAUGCAUGCUAGUAGUGAAACAUGCGCACAAAAGUGUUCAUGUGUUAAACCUGUGAAUGAUGCUGUCAACUCAAGUAGCAGCAGCUGUAAGUUAAGAAAAGCAGCUUCUAGAGACGGUUCUGAUGAUAACUACUUGUUCUGUCCAAGGGUCGGAGAAAUCCAAGAUGAGGAUUUUGGGCAUUUUCAGUGGCAUUGGAUGAGGGGUGAGCCUGUGAUCGUUAGCAAUGCACUUGAAAAUGGAUCAGGUUUGAGCUGGGAACCAUUAGUCAUGUGGCGUGCAUUUAGGCAGAUAAAGAAUCUCAAGCAUGAUAGAGAAUUGGCAGUCCAUACCAUUGAAUGCUUGGAUUGGAGUUUCAAAGAAACUAAUAACCUCCAUUUCUUUACUGGAUAUUCCGAAGGCCGGCCUGAUGAGAAAGGAUGGCCUGAGAUUCUCAAGCUCAAAGACUUCCCACCAUCUACUGAGUUUGACAAUCGUCUCCCCCGGCAUGGUAAGGAAUUUGUCUGUUGUCUGCCUUUCAAAGAGUAUACUCACCCCAACAAGGGAACCCUGAACCUUGCCAUCCACUUGCCACCUACCUCAGUAAAGCCGGACAUGGGUCCAAAAACAUAUAUUGCCUAUGGUUUUGCACAGGAGCUUGGACGGGGAGAUUCUGUGACCAAGCUUCACUGCGAUAUGUCUGAUGCGGUUAAUAUUCUGACACAUACAGCUGAAGUGGCCCUUACAACUGAACAACUUGCAACUAUAGAUAAGUUGAAAAAAAAGCACAGGAAGCAAGACGAAAGAGAGAUAUUUGGGAAUUGUCACACGAGUGCUGGAAAUGGUAGUGGGCCUCAGGAAGAAUCAGCUGAAGUAUGUGAGGAUGGUGGUGCCUUAUGGGACAUUUUCCGGAUCCAGGAUGUUCCGCAGCUAGAGAAAUACAUCGACAAGCACAUCAAUGAAUUUAGGCAUGUGCACUGUAAUCCUUUGCAGCGUGUUACUCAUGCUAUACAUGAUCAGACUGUUUAUCUCACUGUGGAGCACAAGAGGAAGCUCAAGGAGGAAUUCGGUAUCGAGCCGUGGACAUUUGUCCAAAAACUUGGAGAUGCUGUUUUCAUUCCUGCAGGUUGUCCUCAUCAGGUGAGGAACUUGAAGUCUUGUAUCAAAGUUGCACUGGACUUUGUUUCCCCUGAGAAUGUGGGUGAGUGCUUUCGUUUGACGGAAGAGUUUCGCACACUUCCGCCAAACCACAGGGCCAGCGAGGACAAGCUGGAGGUGAAGAAAAUGAUUGUGCAUGCUGUUUGUGAAGCUGUGAAGGAGAUUUCUGGUGAGAAUGCGAAGCCUGAGGAUGUGAAGCCUAAGGAGAGGUGCAAGGGGCCUAAGAGGAGGCGCAAGGGGAACAAAGGAGAGGUGUAAGACCCGAGUCUAACAAAAUGUAAUGGCAUGCACUAUGCAGCCUGGGAAUUAUUAGGGAUGUAGUCUUAGAAUAUUAGGGAUGUAAUCUUAGAAUUAUUAGUGUUCUGUGCCAUAGGAGCGUUUUUGGGAUUUUGUAACAUAUUUUAGGUCUUAACUGAUGGUUUCUGCUCCAUGUUCUCAUUUGAUUCUUGUAGCUCUAGAUUUCAUAUGAUAUUAAAAUUCAAUUUUGUUUCGCAA